AUGGGAUCCAAGGAAGGUGAGGGCAAUGGGGACAAGACAGAGAAAAGCACCAAGACAGCAACAGAGGUGGGUCGCACGUUUGCCACCAUGUUCUCGGACAUUACUUUCCGCAAGAAGCUCUUAGAGACCCGCACGGUGGAGGAGUUCAAGGAGGCCCUGGUGCAUCAAAGGUACCUGCUCACCAUGGCCAGCCAGCAUCGGCACAAGUCCUCCAAGAAGUACAGUGUUCAUUCUGUCUUUCUUCCCCCUCCCCAACCCCCACAGCGCAAGGACUUCUUCUCUGUAGGGAAAGGCAUCUGGGAUGACAUCGUUCGAAGGUUCCCCGUGUACCCACUGGACUUUACAGAUGGCCUAAUCGGGGACAAGGCAGUGGGCAAAUACAUCACCACCACCAUCUUCCUCUACUUCACCUGCCUCCUGCCCACGAUUGCCUUUGGGUCCCUCAAUGAUGAGAAUACGAAAGGAGUCAUUGAUGUGCAGAAGACCAUAGCUGGGCAGAGCAUCGGAAGCCUCUUCUAUGCGCUCUUCUCUGGACAGCCGCUGGUGGUACUGCUGACCACUGCACCCCUGGCCCUCUACAUCCACGUGAUCCAAGGCAUCUGUGAUGACUACCAGCUGAAUUUCAAAGCCUUCUAUGCAUGGACGGGACUGUGGAACAGCUUCUUCCUUGGACUUUAUGCCUUCUUCAACCUCAGUCUGGUCAUGAAAGUCUUCAAGAGGUCAACCGAGGAGAUCAUUGCCUUGUUCAUCUCUAUCACAUUUGUGCUAGAUGCUGUCAAGGGCAUGGUCAAAAUCUUCAGGAAGUACUACCAUGGCCACCAUUCCCAUGACAAGACUGCAUCCCUGGUGAGCCUGCUGAGCCUCAACACUAGCAUCCACACUGAUCUCAACACUAACGUGCUGACCACGCUACACCCACAGCUUCAGAUUGACAGCCACAUGGACGCGGGCCGAGACACCGCUGUGCUCAGCCUCCUCAUCAUGCUGGGCACCCUCUGGCUGGGCUAUACCCUCUACCAGUUCAAGAGGCGCCCCUACCUUCACCCCUAUGUGCGGGAGGUCCUGUCUGACCUGGCCCUGCCCAUCUCAGUCCUGGCCUUCUCUGUCAUCAGCUCCUACUAUUUCCAAGACAUCCCGAUGAGCAAGUUCCGCUACAACCCCAGCGAGAAUCUGUUUGAGCUGGCCCAGAUGGAUCUUCUGUCCCUGGGGGCCGUCGGCAGUGCCAUGGGCCUCGGCUUCCUGCUUUCCAUGCUCUUCUUCAUCGAGCAGAACCUGGUGGCCGCCUUGGCUAAUGCACCAGAGAACAGGCUUGUUAAGGGCACUGCUUACCACUGGGACCUCCUGCUCAUCGCCCUCAUCAAUACCGGACUCUCUCUGUUUGGACUGCCCUGGAUCCAUGCUGCCUACCCCCACUCUCCCCUGCACGUGCGGGCCCUGGCGUUUGUGGAGGAGCGUGUGGAGCAUGGGCACAUUUAUGAGACGAUCGUGAGUGUGAAGGAGACACGGCUGACUUCGCUGGGCGCCAGCAUCCUGGUGGGCCUCUCGCUGCUCCUGCUGCCCUUCCCACUGCAGUGGAUCCCCAAGCCUGUGCUCUAUGGCCUCUUUCUCUACAUCGCUCUCACCUCCAUUGACUGCAACCAGCUCUUUGAGCGAGUGGCCCUGCUGCUCAAGGAGCAGACUGCAUACCCACCCACGCACUACAUCCGGAGAGUGCCCCAGAGGAAAAUCCACUACUUCACAGGCCUGCAGGUCCUGCAGCUGCUGCUGCUCUGUGUCUUUGGCAUGAGCCCUCUGCCCUACAUGAAGAUGAUCUUCCCCCUCAUCAUGAUUCUCAUGAUCCCCAUCCGCUAUAACCUGCUGCCUCGAAUCAUUGAAGCCAAGUACCUGGACGCCAUGGACGCUGAGCACUGA